GAAGACUGACCUGCAGACCGCAGUCCAGGUCUGAAGACCGUCACACUGGACAGGCAGUCUACGUUACUGUCAACAAAACCUCUUAAAUUUAAAAGUAUUUACUCUUCUAUAAAAACACUCGAUACCAUUUAAUAACGUAUUUCUGUCCUUUUCUGUUUUGUCAGCUGCUAUACCAAUACUGAACAGCAGAGGGCAGCAUUUCCUUUUGUUUGUCCAAUCAGACUUCAGACCGAUGUUCAAACACACAAACAAACACAGAGAGCGUUAAUUAAAGUUGAAAUAGUACUUCAUUAGCAGACGUCGGUGAAGCUAGCUGCUAACUUCCACACAGGAACGUCCGAACAAACAGGUUCUCUGAGCGUGUGUUCAGCGCCUGACACACCGGUGUGAGGGCGUGAAGUCGGGGCGGAGUUUGAGGAAGUUCUCCGUCACGGAGCUCAGACAUUUGACAGGAGUCAGAAACAUUCCUCAGGUCAGAUCUAGAACGUUCUCCCAUCACCAACACGGACCGGUCACUGUUAUAUCAGAAUUAGCUCAUGCUAACACACCUACCGUACCUCGACAGUUUUGUGUUUUGUUUUUUUUGUCAUAUAACCAUUUUCAUUUUGUAAUUUGUUGCUUUUGUAGUUUUAAAGUAACAUUUAGUUCUUGUUUAACGUUAUUUAACUUUGUGAUGUUUUUUUGUUUUAGUGCUAACUUUUACACGUUGUUGAACGCGUUUUAAGCGGGGUUUAGCUAACGUGCUGCUAUUUAGGCUAACUCUAAAAUGUAUUGUAUAUUAAGAAAGUUUUAACUGUAUAAUAAAUAGCUGUUAGUUUUAGGUGUACUUUAGUGAAGUUUUAGUUUCUGUCCUUUAGACACUUUUCACCAGUUAUCGUCGUUGUUGAGUCAUCCGUGGCUAACUCGGUCUUCUUCGUUGGUCUUACGUCGGUCCAGCCUCUACGUGAUGGUUUAUCUGGAGCGCAGACCUUUUAAGAAUAGACACAAAUCUGCUUAGGUGCGUGUGCGCAGUGAGCGGACAGGAGAUUAGUGCGCACUCCGAUUGGAGACGCCCGGUCUCGGUUCUGGCUCAGACUCGUGUGUCCUCCCGUCUCUUGUCACGGAGGACAGUGUGGACACAGAGUUUGGACACAUUGGACAGCUUUUACGCACACACGGGUGUCAGAGACGGAGCAGCCGGAAACCGGAGCUGCUGUCGUGAUGUUUGACACCAAACCGCACUCAAGAAGAUCCAGAAAAGUUCGGCUGAACUUCAGCGACUGACGGGAACAGACGUCAGAUGGCGGAAGACCGUGAGCUUCAAGAUGCGUGUGAAUUUGUUAAAGACCGUCUGUAUUUCGUCAGUGUUGAUGUGAAGCCACAGACCACGGCCAACACCGUGUUCUUCAGCACAGACCAAGAGUUUGUCUACGACAGUUUCUAUGAGGACUUCGGUCCCCUCAACCUCGCCGUGCUGUACAGAUACUGCAGCAAAGUCAACAGGAAGCUGACGUCCUUCACCUGGUCCAGGAAGAGGCUGGUCCACUUCACCUCCCAUGACCAGAGGAAGAAAGCCAACGCUGCCUUCCUGAUCGGUGCCUACGCGGUCAUCCACCUGAAGAAGAGUCCAGAAGAGGCCUACAGGAUUCUGGUCUCAGGAAAGAACGCAGGUUUCCUGCCCUUCAGGGACGCAGCAGCAGGAGCGUCUACCUUCAACCUCUCUGUACUUCACUGCCUACAAGCUGUACACAAGUCACUGCAGCUCAGUUUCCUGGACUUUGAAAACUUCAGUGUUGAUGAAUACGAACACUUUGAGCGUGUGGAAAACGGAGACAUGAACUGGAUCGUUCCAGGGAAGGUGCUGGCCUUCAGCAGCCCCCACCACCGCAGUCAGACGGAGAACGGCUACCCCCUCCACGCCCCCGAAGCCUACGUUCCGUACUUCUGCCAAAACCAGGUCACGGCCGUGGUGCGUUUGAACAGGAAGUUGUACGACAGCCGGCGUUUUGAGAGAGCCGGACUGGACCACCAUGAUUUCUUCUUCCUGGACGGCACCACGCCCUCUGACAUCAUCGUGAGGCGCUUCCUGCACGUGUGUGAAAGUUCAGGUGGAGCCGUGGCCGUUCACUGUAAAGGUGGGCGUGGCUUCAUGGACUGGAGUUUAAGAAUUGUUUUUGUUCCACUGAACCCCUGUCUCUGCCCAAUCACAGCUGGCCUGGGUCGUACGGGCACUCUCAUUGGCUGCUACCUGAUGAAACACUUCCGCUUCACUGCAGCUGAAGCCAUAGCCUGGAUCAGAAUCUGCCGACCUGGAUCCAUCAUCGGUGCUCAGCAGAACUUCCUAGAAGAGAAACAGUGCAGUCUGUGGGUGCAGGGCGACGUCUACCGCUCCAAACAGAAACUGCUUCAGCAGAGACUGUGUCGACGGCAGCAGCAGCAGCAGUUACAGCAGCAGCAGUUACAGCCUCAGCAGCAUCAGCUUCUUCUUCUUCUUCUUCCUGGUUCUGACCCGGACCAGGGGACGACAGAACCCGUCUCCCGUCUGGUCACCAGCAUGGAUGGCCUGUCAAUCAAAGCCACGCUGCACGAAUCCUGCAGCAUGGACACGAGGUAAAUGGAACAACGUUGGUUUGGCGCCCCCCUCCGUUCAGCAUGUACAUUGCACCCAAAACUUCUUUAUUUUGUGUAUUUUGUGUGUAGAGCAAAAACGAAAA